AUGAAGCUGGUAGCGCAGAAGGUUGCGACACUCAGUCGACAGUGUCAAAAGCAGCUCCCACGAGCAACAACCACAUAUCAAUCACAACGCAAUGCGACAAACUUGACUCGACCAGCAGUCGAAGCCGAUGCUAAGUCAAGAAGUCUGGCAUACCAAUUACGACGUGAUUGGAAGGUCGGCGAUGUCUAUGCGCCCCAUGACAUGAGUCCGGCAGAAAUGAGGAAGUGGGCAAAGAAGAAGUCGCCGGACAAGGAUGUGUUUGAUAUUCUUGCGGUCGAUCCGUUGAGCUUAUACAAGAACGUUUCAGUAAUGACAGAUUUCGUUAGCGAGACCGGCAGGAUAAGACCGCGAAGCGAGACUGGCUUGCGGCCGGUCAAUCAAAGAAAGAUUGCGAAAGCUAUCCGGAGGGCGAUUGCGUUGGGGAUUAUGCCCAGUGCGUAUAAGCACCCGAUGUUGAUCAAAUCAGAAAAGGACAGAAAGACAGUCGCGCACUGA